AUGGUCGCAACUGCUAUAGGGCGGAAGAAAUGUUACUUCGGUGCUGGCUACUGGCACGAUGCAGACAAGCCCGCUGUCGGGGCGAUUAUCCUAAACGACGAAGGAAGGUACAUCUCGACAUUGAAUGCUCCAUUACCAAGCUGCUCCUCCCCACUUAUGGCCGAGGCUUUUGCAGGCAAGGAAGUCUUGUCAUGGUUAUGGAACCAUGGAGAACGUUCUUUAGACCUAUUCACGUAUUGCUUAACACUACAGCAAUACCUGACAUCCGCAACUACUCCUGUCCGGUCAUAUCUCGGUUAUGCUAUUGAUGCCUGCAGAGCUCGUAUUAUCUCUUUUGAUUAUUGUUCAGUUGUUUUUAUUCCUAGAAUAGAUAACUUUUUAGUUCACACCUUAGCUUCGUCUGCUUUUACACAAUCUAUUGCUAUGUACUGGGACUCUGUCCCUCCAGACUCUGUUUCAGAGCAUUUUGAAUAA